AUGCCGCCAGCCGUCGCACUACGCGCUCAAAUCGCCGAUAUUGAUGCUCAAAUACGCGAUCAUGAGACGUCUAUCUCUUCCCUCCUCUCCAAACGGGAACAGCUCGACAGCGAGCUGAAAGCCAUUGUCUACCCAAUCCACACCCUUCCUAUCGAACUUCUGGUCAAGAUAUUCCAACAUGCCUGUGCGGACCAAAACAUCCCUCACUUUAGACUCACGGUUGCGGCAGUCUGCCGCGUCUGGCUGGACACAGCGCUGACAACGAGCAGUCUUUGGCAGCGCUUGGUAUUCAGGUGCAAGUCCGCCUCUCCAGAAGUGCAGGAGAUCUUGCGGACCUGGCUAUCUCGCUCCAAAAUACUCCCUCUCGAUAUCAUAAUCACCCUGCCUCUCGCUGUGGAGGACGCCAACAUCGUCAUGCUGCUGUUAGCGGAGUUUAGCUCGCGUUGGCGCUUCGCAGGGUUCCACAAAGAACGCCGAUUGGGUGGCCCGCGUGGGCCGUCUAUUCAAGUCACUUCGGAGGCGUUUCCGGCCUCACUUCCCCUUCUCGAAACUCUUGAAUUCUACGCUCAGUUCGAGUUGGCAAGGAACAGCCGAGAAGCGUCUUCAAGCUGGCCUGCCCUGAGAAAGCUCGUGCUAUGGGGAUGCACCCCCCCUGUCGUUGUGUCGUUUGAAAACCUCACACGUCUCGAGAUUGGCAACUUAUCUGUCCAAAAGGCCCUCAUCAUGCUGCAGCAGUGUCCGUUGCUAGAGAAUUUGAAUCUCGAUUCAUACCAUCACGACGACGACUCCGAGACGGGGGUUGUGCCCCAGAUUCCUCUAGCUCUUACCCACCUGCACACCCUGGAGCUUCACAUUGGUGAAGCCCAUGUCCUGCCCGCCCUCGUCCUUCCUGCGCUCAAGUCCGUGAUUUUGGACGUCCAACCACCGGAAAUGGGGAUUCCAGUUCUUCGCUCCCUCUUCGAACGGUCAAGAUGUCAAGUUGAAACUGUGCGCAUUGUGUCAUACACCUUUGCCCCAUCAUAUGAAUUCCUGGCGUCGCAACUUUUCCCAGCUAUGCACUCUUUGGUCAUCAGUUGCUUUUCAGGCAUUACAUCCGAGGACCUUUUAUUGCUUAGCGGACUCGGCACACGGGGCUCCCUAGCGUGCAUGAAUUCCUUGACGAUCACGUUGCUGCCCUCGGAUGUUGACUCCUCUUCGCUCUUCAUGUUUGCGAAGAGCCACGCGCAACAGCUUCAUGACCGGAGCCAUUCAACCGGCACCUUGACAAAUGACCAGGGAAACCAAGGGCCAUUCAAGCUUGAAAUCCGCACAAUAAAACGAACGCUAAUGAUACCUAUCAAAACAGCGGUUGAACUACUUCGCUCGGCCGAAUGGAAUGAUAUAAUUGACGUGCGGUUUGAGGAGGGGACGUUGCUGGACUCCGACAACUUCGAGUUCUUGUGA